GAUUCAGUCUAGAAAUUUCAACUGAUACGUGAUCGUGUGUGCAAUAAACAAUACAAACAAUACGAUACCAGUAUGCUGAAGUACCUCCUGCUUACCCUGGCCCUCUGUGCUGUGGCCCACGCCGAUGAUGAGUGGGUGCCCAAGAACUCCGAGGAAAUCAAGAAAAUACGCAUCGAGUGCCUGAAGGAGCAUCCCCUCAGUAGCGAACAGAUCGUUAGCCUGAAGCAGCUGAUAUUCCUCGACCAGGCCGAUGUGCGCGAGUAUCUGUACUGCUUCGCCCAGAAGCUGGGCAUCUUCUGCUCCCACGAGGGCUACCAUGCCGAUCGUCUUGCCAAGCAGUUCCGGAUGGACCUGUCGGAGGAGGAGGCCCUGGAGAUCGCCCAGGGUUGCAUUGACAAGAACGAGGAGGGCAGCCCAGCGGAUGUGUGGGCCUUCCGUGGACACAAGUGUCUGAUGGCCAGCAAGAUCGGCGACAAGGUGAAGGCAUUCCUCAAGGCCAAGCAGGAGGCAGCCGAGGCCGAGGCGGCCAAGGCAAGAGCUUAGCUUACGAUCCCUCGAGACAAAUAAAAGUGUUCACAUUUUUUGUGCUGGAACGCAACUCGUUGAA